UGUUGAUAUCUAAAUAAUUUCUUGUCUUCAAGACAUUCGUCCAAAAUGGGGAAGAAGUCAAAGACAGGAAAGUCGAGGAAGGACAAGUUCUACCAUUUAGCUAAGGAAACAGGUUAUCGAGCUAGAUCUGCAUUCAAAUUAAUCCAGUUGAACAGGAAGUAUGAGUUUCUUCAAAAGUCAAGAGUUGUCCUUGACUUGUGUGCAGCCCCUGGAGGCUGGCUACAGGUGGUGGCAGAAAACACACCAGUCUCCAGUCUCAUUGUUGGUGUUGACUUGGUGCCAAUACGUCCAAUCAGAAACUGCAAGACGCUGGUAGAGGAUAUCACAACAGAAAAAUGUAGACAGGCAUUGAGAAAGGAACUACAGACAUGGAAAGCUGACUCUGUGAUUCACGAUGGUGCUGGAAAUGUUGGAAAAAAUUGGCUCCAUGAUGCUUUUCAACAAGCUCAGCUCACCCUGCAGGCUCUGAAGCUGGCUACAGAAUUUUUGAAGAAAGGUGGUUGGUUUGUCACUAAAGUAUUCAGAUCUAAAGACUACAACUCCUUACUAUGGGUUUUUCAGCAACUCUUUCAGAAAGUCCAUGCCACCAAACCUCAAGCUUCUCGUAACGAGUCUGCUGAAAUAUUUGUCGUCUGUGAAAAGUUCCUGGCCCCUGACAGAAUAGAUCCAAAGUUCUUAGAUCCUAAGUUUGUGUUCAAGGAGAUUGACAUGGAACCCAAACAAAUGAUUAACCUUAUACAUCCAGAGAAAAAAAGAAGACAGCGUGACGGUUAUGCAGAAGGAGAUUAUACCUUGUAUCACACACUCCAGGCCUCUAAGUUUAUAGAUAGUGAAAACUUUUUAGACUUGAUGGCCCAGUCUAAUGCCGUGGUAUUGGAUGAUGACAAAAUUACUAAAUUACCAGAGACUACAAAGGAAAUUAAGGAAUGUCUUGCAGAUUUAAAGGUGCUUGGAAAGAAAGAUAUAAGGUCGCUGAUCAAGUGGCGCACACAGGUCAGGAAAAGUUUGGGAAAGGAUGAGGAGGCUAAGGACGGCAAAGGGGAGAAGGUCGAGGAGGUGGCAGAGGACAGCGAAGAUGAGGAAGCUCAAAUAGAGGCUCAGUUGGCAAAAGCCAAGGAUGAGGAGAGAAAGGUUCUGAAAAGGAAACUGAAGAAGGUGAGGCGAGAGAAGGCCCGUCUGCGACAGAAGAUGGAUAUGAAAAUGGUGAUUCCAGGAGACAAACAUGACUUCACAGAUGAUGUUGGUUUAUUCAACUUGGACAAGAUGAAAAGCAAAUCGCAACUUGACAAGGUGGAAGCAGGCGAGAAUCAUUUUGCUGACGAGUUUGUGUUGGAGGAGCUGGAAGCAAACACUGAAAUAACAUCACACCAGAAACGGAAGACUUAUGACCGAGAUGGUCAGGAUCAUCUAGAUGAACUGUACUCCUCAUCUGAAGACGAAGAAAACCUAGAGGAGCCCGAUUUAGAGGAUUUGGAAGAUGAUGAUGAUGAUGAAGAUGCUGAAGAAGAGGAUAUGGAGUUUGAAGAUGAUGAACAGGUGAAGAAGGAUGCCAAUCCAUUGAUAGUCAACUUAGAGAAAGUCUCUACACAAGUGGAACGUAAACUCAACUCCUGGUUCAACAAGGAAUCAUUUGCUGGCUUAGAUGAUGAAGUUGACGAGGAUAUAGAGAUCGAGAAAAUGAUGGAGGACUAUAAGCGACGAGGAGGCACCAUCACAGGGAAGAAAGAGAUAAGGAAAGAAAAAGAGGUAAAAAAGAAAUCAAAAAGAGUUGACACUGAAGAGGACGAUAGUGGUGUUGAUGAAAAGCAGGACUCAGAUUCAGAUAUGUCUAAUGUAGAUGACAGUGACAAUGAAAGUGAUGAUGAUGAUGAGGAGGAUGAAGAUAGCGAUGAAAGUGACAGCGAUAGUGAUGAUAGUGAUUUAGAUACAGCAGAGAUGAAGAAAAGGGCAAAACAGAAACAUUCAGACACAGCAGGGUUUGAGGAAGUCCCUGCAGGUUAUCUGGACCCUACAGGACUGGCUAUUGGAGCUGCCAUGGUGCAGUCUCGGAAACGUAAACGGGAUAUAAUCGAUGGUGGAUAUCACAGAUACAUGUUUGAUGAUGAUAAUUUGCCAGAAUGGUUCAUCAAAGACGAAGCCAAACACACCAAAAGAGAAAUGCCAGUCACAAAGGGAGACGUCCAGGAAUACCUGAUGAAGAUGAAAUCAAUUGACGCUAGACCUAUCAAAAAGAUUGCCCAGGCUAAAGCCAGGAAAAAGAAGAAGGAAAUGAGGCGUCUUGAACGAGCAAGGAAGAAGGCGGAGGUGAUAUCCGACACGGCAGACAUUACAGACAGAGACAGAUGGCAGCAGAUUAAACAAGUUUACAAGAAGGCUGGCCUGCUAUCAGCUAAAAAGAAGGAAGUUACUUAUGUAGUAGCUAAGAAAGGUGCUGGCAAGAGGGUCCGUCGACCUGCUGGCGUGCAAGGACCAUACAAAGUUGUAGAUGGCCGCAUGAAAAAGGACAUGAAAAAGAAAAAACAACAGUUGAAAAUGCAAAAAAAGAAAGGCAAAAGCGCAGGAAAGAAGAAAAAAUAAAUUUUUGUUUUGAUUC